AAACAGACUUUGACAUCCGCCUGAUUGGAGGUCCAGAACCCAAUGUGGGCCGUGUAGAAGUGUACUACAGUGGUUAUUGGGGAAGUGUUUGUGGCUCCAGCUACUGGGACUACAGGGACGCUAAUGUAACGUGCAGGACGUUAGGAUACAGCGAUGGCCAUCAAAUAUAUCGGACCACCCGUUAUGGCGCUCUAACAGACCCUGUAUGGAUGGCAGGUGUAGACUGUACCGGUACGGAGGACAGUCUAGCUGAUUGUUCCUUUGACGGAUGGGGUCAAGUUGGUUAUUGCAGUAGUUACUCCGCUAGUGUUUUCUGUUAUAAUUUCAUAGAAACAGACUUUGACAUCCGCCUGAGUGGAGGCCCGGAACCUAAUGCGGGCCGUGUAGAAGUGUUUUACAGUGGUUACUGGGGAAGUGUUUGUGGCCUAUACGACUGGGACGACAGAGACGCUAAUGUAACGUGCAGGAUGUUAGGAUACAGUGCUGGUCAUCAAAUAUAUCGGUCCCACCGUUAUGGCAGUCUAACAGACCCUGUAUGGAUGGCAGGUGUAGACUGUAACGGUACGGAGGACAGUCUAGCGGAUUGUUCCUUUGACGGAUGGGGUCAAGCUGGUUCUUGCAGUGGUUACCCCGCUAGUGUUUCCUGUUAUUAUAUCACAGAAACAGACUUUGAUAUCCGCUUGAGUGGAGGUCCAGAACCAAAUGUGGGGCGCAUAGAAGUGUAUUACAGUG